GCUUACAGUUCGUGCCCUGUAACGCGAUUGACUGUCGCGCCUCAAACUAGGACAGCCUUUUUUCCUUUCCCAGGUUUGGCCUGUUGGACGGCCUUUGUGUUAGCUUUCUGCCAUGUAUUUGAAUUGUGGUUACUUAACCAAGUGUUGGGUAACUGCCACCGGAAAUACUGUGCCGAGAAUGAUAUAACCGUAAAUAUUUGUAAUAUAUUAUUGGCAUAACCAGAACAAUUAAAACAAAUGUUCCCCUGAAACGUUAGUAACUUAUGUAUGAAUGGCCUGAUACAGGCGAGCCUUGUAACUUACUGAUGCAGGAAAAUGACGCAAUGAGAAUUUCGUGGCACGAAAACACCUUUUAUUUUGAUCAAGGGAAGUAACCAUGGCAACGUAAAGUCGUAAAAUGGGCUCUGGUGGGUCAAAAACAGUUUCUGUUGCGAGUUUUGAACAGACUGCAAGUGGUAAAAAUAGACGUAAAGCAAAAGAAAGUCGAAAAAUAAACAGUGAAAGAAGCUUAAGUACAGAAGGUCAAGUUGCGGGAAAAACGACAAUCAAUUUUAUUAAGAAGUCGCUGUUAAGAUACAUUAUCUGUCGACAAGGAGUCACCAUUGACAACGCUAUUUCAGAUGCUAAUAUAAAGCUUAUUUACGUGAAGAAAAACACCCCCAUCGUGCGUGAAGGGGAUUCAAGCUCUUGUAUAUAUGUCAUUAUCGAUGGGCAGUGUGAAGUACAUCACGUCACUGACUUGUCAGAACAUGACGUCCCGUCUGUGAGGCUGCGUAAUGGAGACGUUUUUGGACUUCGUUCGGCUCUGUCUGGUGAAGCAGCGUUGGACACAGUCCAAGCAGGAGAUAGUACCUACGUUGCUGAACUACAAGCUGCACCAUUUCGUAAACUCAGUGAGGAUUUGUCUCAAGUCACAUGGAGUCAAGAAGUUCAAAGGUUUUGGGUUGAUGCUUCAACGGAGGGCGGAAAAACGGACUUUGAUGAUCAACUUAGCUCGUGCUUGCUUUCGACAACAUUAUUUCAACUUUGGACGAAAAAUGAAAUUCGACAUUUAAUUUCUAAUUUGCAUUGGGGCCAACUCUGGUGGCUUCCACGAGGAGCAGAGCUUGUGCGACAAGGAGAAGCAGGAACGACCAUGUAUAUUCUUUGCAAGGGAAGUUUGAGUCUAUUAGACAAAAUGAGCCAGAAACGAGUUUUGUUACGCGCAAAGAAAUUCUCUUUUGUUAUCGGAGAAGAAGUUGUGUAUAAUGAGGGGAAAUACACAUUCACACUGUUUGCAAACGAGCCUUCUUUUGUGCUACCACUUCCGGCUGGCCUUUUUAUAAAACAUCAGCAUUCGGAUGAAACGCAAAAUAAGAUCGCGAGCUAUAGAAGAAAGUGGGAUAACAUGCUAAAAAGAAAAGCAAAAAUUCCAGAUAAAUAUCUUCGUUUCCUUCAGCAUGAGGUUCUUCUUGUACAAAUGCGCCAGAUUCCAGCCGCAGCCGCCAUGCAUCCAGCUAAAGUGAACGAGCUAAUCUUACAAGGAAGGUUUGCGACCCACGGCGCUGGAGAAAUUUUGGUUGGCGUUUCAAACUUCGACGUUUAUGAAAGGGCGUGGGUUUUCACGUUAUUGGGAAAGCUAGAACUCGAAUACGAGUCAAAAACAAGAAACUCCAAAUCAAUGUCACUAGUCAGGCUGCCCUCGAAUGAGAAACCGUUUACUCUUAAAAGCCUAGAAGAGUCUGUGACCCUUUACCUUCCAAGCAUUCUAGUUCAGCAGCUCACAGGACAGCAAGCUCCACCACAAAAAUUAAGCGCAAUGAUUCUACACCGACAAAAGCCCCAGGACAGCAAAUAA